GUUUCUAGGGUAUGGCUCCUCAAAUAGAUUUAUCGGCCCGUACCUAGAGAAAACAAUUGUAUCAAAGAGAUUCGUCAUCCAGCCAGGCGAGCGCCGUUGUUAUCGCAUACAAAACGCGAUAAAGUGAUGUAUUCGCUUUACCAAAACGACAUGGCAACACUACUAGAUCUCGAGACCCAUUUCUCGAAGCUGGCCAACCUGGACGACAGAGUUUUCGGAGAAGUAACUUAUUCCCGUAAAUACAGUCUUAGGAGCCACGGGGGUAUCCAGGAUUGGUGUCUAGUUCCGGCUCCACCAGAAAGCUCAUCAACAACCGCUCAGCCAACUUUCGGUUUAGUAAUGGUUCUGGAUCAUUGUCUCGCUGCCAGCUGUGUUAUGCACUGAAUGCGGCCGACAUUCAGACCCGAGAUCCAGGAGUAUACCCGUCCCAUAAGAGUCGAAAGCUCUCGG